AUGGGUGCUCAGGCCGCCUGCGGAAACAUCACCUUUGAGGACUACCUCGGCCUCACCACCGCUGUGUACGAGUGGGCCGACAGCUAUGACUCCAAGGACUGGGACAGGCUGCGGAAGUGCAUCGCCCCGACCCUGAGGAUCGACUACCGCUCGUUCCUGGACAAGAUCUGGGAGGCCAUGCCGGCCGAGGAGUUCAUCGCCAUGAUCUCGGACAAGGCCGUGCUCGGCAACCCGCUCCUCCGGACGCAGCACUUCAUCGGCGGCACCCGGUGGGAGAAGGUGUCGGACACCGAGGUCAUCGGCUACCACCAGCUGCGCGUGCCGCACCAAAAGUACACCGACGCCACCCUGAAGGAGGUCCAGGUCAAGGGCCACGCCCACUCGGCCAACACACACUGGUACCGCAAGGUCGACGGCGUCUGGAAGUUCGCCGGCCUCAAGCCCGACAUCCGCUGGUCCGAGUACGACUUUGACCAGGUCUUCGCCGACGGCAGGGACGCCUUUGGCGACGAGGCCAAGGCUUGAGGGUUCCCGCUGCUUCGUUGCCGGCCGGGAUGGGCUGUUAUUGUAUGCCACCACGGGGCGCAGGGACACAGGGAUACAAUGUAGAAAACAGACGGAAAAUAAAGGAUAAAAAAAGACAGAAUUGUUGCAUUUUAUGCUGCAUGGCGAUGCGAGACCCCAACAGUCUCGGCUUCGGUUUCUAUACCUCCAGUCGUCACCGGGCCUUCGUAUCCCCUUCGCGCACCCCAGAGCCACCACAUACCAACAAACACCGUAAGGCCACCCCAUAUCAAGCAAGCGUAG